GUCGCUGCUGUGAAUAAAUACGACCCUCCUCCAGAAGUAGUUGCUGCUGCAGACCAUAUGACUCACAUUAUGCGUGGCAUGCUGCAGCCCCAGAAGAUCUUUGACAGCACUUUACCUUGUCUUGAUGCUCCCUACCCCAUGCUGGUAUUAGCUGGCCCUGUAGCCUGUGGUAAGAGAGAGCUCACUCACAAGAUCUGCAGACAGUUCAACAAUUUCUUCAGAUAUGGUCCGUGUCACACUACCAGGGAAGCUUACUUUGGAGAAGAAAACAGACUUGAUUACUAUUUCAUUUCUCAAGAAGCAUUUGAUGAAAUGGUGAACACAGGGAAGUUUAUAGCAACCUAUAAAUACAAUGGAUAUUACUACGGACUUGCAAGAGACACUGUAGAAUCAAUUGCCAGAGAGGGUCUUGCAACUUGUGUUCAAUUAGAAUUAGAGGGUCUGCGUAGCUUGAAAAAUACCUACUUUAAACCCAGAUGCAUCCUGAUAGUACCACUUAACAAAGCGAAAUAUGAGGAGCAUCUGCGGAGGAAAGGAUUAUUCAGCAGACCAGAGAUUGAAAAGGCAGUCUCCAGAGUGGACAUGUACAUCAACAUGAGUGAGGAUUUUCCAGGGUACUUUGAUGCCAUUAUCUACACAGAUGAACUGGAUGAGGCAUUCACAGACCUGAGUUUCAUCGUAAGGGACUACCUGGAUUUGAAGCCACCUGCAGUCGCUGAUAGCAUUCAGGAUGUGAACAGCAGAGUAGGAGCAGCUUCCAGAAUACGGGUCUUAGGACAGCAAAGAUGGUCACCUGGUGGUGUAACUACUGGAACUACUCCGUCUUCAUCUGUUAAUGAGUUCUUGGACUCCUCUGCCGAAAGCUACCCAGGAGGCAUCUCAGACAAACAUGCUGCACAACUGGGCUCUGUGGAAGAAGCUUCCUUCCAAAGACGUUUCUGUGCAGCACGUCAGGCUCUGUCAGGGAAGGCACCUAAUGCAUAUGUCCAGCUCUUUCAAAGGGACCUGGUAGUCACUCCUGCACCAGGCAGCUCCCAUCAGCAACUCCUGGAACCAACAAUAUAUGCUUCUCUGCUCUCAGAUGGAAGGAAUAUGACCCAAGACCAGAGCUUCCCCCUGAGAAAUCCAGAGAGCCGCUGCAGAGAAUCUGGUCCUGCCAGUGGACAAUUUCUGAUCUUAUCUGGUGCAUCUGCUGCUGAAGGUCUGCUGGUUCGGAGCCCUAUUCCCCAUGCUCACCUCCCUGAAGAAGCCAAAGCUGAGCACCAAGAUCUAAGAGGAGCUGAAGAUGGAGAGGACAGAUUGAAAGAGACUGAACAUCCUGGUGACGAUCUUCAGAGAAAACACAGCAAGUCCAAGACAGGUUCUCAUGUGCCUCAGCUCAGCAGCUGGCCCGGCUCCCACUCCAAACCUGUCCUGCCUCCAAUCCCAUCAGGGCGGAAGAAGACCAACCCUUGA